AUGGCGAGUCACAGUUCUAUCGCAAUUUCUUCCGAUGCUAGGGAUAUGAAAGUGGAUCACAUGGCCAGCGUUACUCCCAGUCAGCGCUUCUUUCAAUUUUUUCAACCUCAGCCACAGGCAGGACACCAGCAUUGCAGCGACCAUGUCCGGAGGGACCUCACCAUUCGCUCGACGCAAGUCUGCCAUGCUUCAACAUCGACAUUUUUAUCGGUAGAUGAGGCACUGCGCAUAAUCAGUGAUCAGACUCUUUCACCCUUUGCCGUCAACACUCCAGUGACCACAUCUAUCAUUGGCUCAGUUAUUGCUGAGGACGUCUAUGCUGAAACAAUGGUGCCAUCUUGCCACGUCAGCGCCGUCGAUGGCUAUGCGAUUGCUUUGGAAGAAGGAAAAUCUUCAAAGGGGACAUUUCCAAUAGUAUUCGCUACUGGUACCGGCACCAGUAGUCUGGGACCUCUUCAACUAGGGACCGUUAUGAGGACUACAAUUGGUGCACGCCUUCCUCCUAAUGCCAACGCCGUAAUCAAGGAAGAAGACGCGACGGUCGAGGGAAUGGAAAGAAAAUACAUCACAGCCACGACCGAUAAUAUCGUUAUCGGGAAUAAUAUUCGCGAUCCUGGUAGUUACAUCGCUGGCGGGUCCCGAAUCUUUGCCCGUGGCGAUGCUCUCACACCUUUAUCCGGGGCAGUCGGUUUGCUCGCUAUGGCGGGUGUUCAAAACGUCAGAAUAUUUAAGAAGCCCCGAGUGGGCCUGCUCAGCAUGAGCGACGGGGACGCGGAAAAUAUUUCUCGUUUGCAAAAUGCCAAUCGUUUGGGUGUGUUAUCCAGUUUGAUCUCACGGGGUUUUGAGAUUGAGGACCUCGGGACCGUUCACGCGACGAUGCAUAGUGAGCUUAAACGUGCCAUGCGUUUUGGGGUGGACUUGAUAUUACUCAUUCAUGGUGCAUUCAUAAACGAGUUAGAUCUUUACGGUGUUAUAGAGACUCUUGGCGGUUUCAUCCACUUCGAUCGCGUUCUCAUGAAACCCAGCAGCCAUAUCACAUUUGCGACAACACCUAGCUCCGACGAAAAUGGCGUACCGCAGUUACCCUCUAUACCUAUCUUUUCGCUUCCCAGUGAUCCAGCAUCAGCACUAGUGGCUUUCAACUUAUUUGUUCUACCUUCACUAAACAAAAUGAGUGGUCUGAAUGAGAGGUUGAGCACUGUCGGUGUUAGACCUCGGAAGAGAUCAAAAUUUGGUCUACCUCGAGUCGCCGUCGUUCUGACACAUCACAUUCCCCUCGAUCCCAAGAGAACUGAGUACCACCUUGCCAUCGUUACGGCCUCACUCUCAGAUGCCAGGUUAUAUGCCACUGGCAUAAGUACUGAAGCUAGAGGGGCGCAGGAUACUGUGGGUAGUAGCAGGAUGGAGGCUAAUGCAUUAAUUGUACUUCGUGCAGGACGAGGAGUCUGUCUGAAAGGCGAAAUUGUGGAAGCGCUGCUCAUGGGCCCUUGUUCCGGCUCAGAUACUCGACUUAUUUGCUGA